AUGGAUCAAUUAUUGGAGGAUUUACGUCAGUGUAAAGACCCUCAGUCAAUUGUGGACUUCCCCGAAUUAAAACCGGAGUACUUAGAACAACUCUCCACUUUUCAACCAAAAGGUGAUGUGGUGAACUGUGUUAUCUCCACUUUGAAUCAGAAUAAGUCCUCCCUUCAUUAUUCAAAUUUGCGAGAAGACCGUAUUACUCAACCAGGUCUGACUGUCCAAACGAAGUCGAAUUAUCCAUUCACCGAAAUUGGCAGUAAAGACAAAGUUGGGCAACCUACUGCCGAUGCCUAUUGUGUAUGGCGUUGUGCAAAUUUCAUGGUGUUCUGCGUGUGUGAUGGGUGCGGAUGGGGUCAAGACUCAAGUUACGUGGCGCGAGUUGCCAGUGCGGUCUUUGUCAGUUACAUGCAAAAAUAUAUUCAAGAGAAUGAAAACGCGAUGACCACAAAGUCGAUGAUCGAGCACGUCAAAAAAGCUGUAGCAAUUGCGCACCAAAUUGGGUCAACAACGUACUUCAUUCAAGGCAAAAACAUAGGGAGUUGCACAUUAUGUGGUGGUGUUGUAGUUCCACUCGUCCCCGAAGAAGAGUUAAAAGGCCUUCAAGUGAAUGAGAGUGACAUGGUAGACUCAAAGAGUGCUUUAAGACACCGUGUCGAUGAAUACAAACAUACAACCAAGACUGACAAAAUGACAGAGAAGUAUCAAUACAUAGGGGUGAGUGUAGGAGACUGUAAAGCGUAUUUUGUCGAUCGUAGUCUUCCCAAGCAUAAUUGUGUUGAUUUAACAUAUGGAAGUCGUUUGAAAUCAAAAAUUGGGAAUGACCCGGGAGGACGUAUAGGGAAGACCAAAGAAGAGUUAACAAAGAUGGACUUACGCAAUGGGAUCUACUUUGCUCAGAUGAUGCAUUGGAACGAUUAUUUAAUCGUCUGUUCCGAUGGUAUUCACGACAACUUAGAGCCAAAAACUCGAGGAAUGAGUGUCGAAGAAGUUUUACCCACCAAAAAGGGAGUGAAAUGGAACGCAUUGACUUCCGAAGACGUCGAACUGAUUAACAAAAAUUAUAGUCUCGCGUUUCUCGAGGAAAUGGAAUCGCACGCCGUUAGUGUCCACCAGUUCCAUCAAAUCAUUAUGGACUCUGUCGAAGGAGUCGUUAAAGAUAUUAGAGACUUCUCGGAAAAGUACCCCCUCGAAGCUAUUCCUUCUCAAUUCUCCGGUAAACUCGACCACGCCACUUUACUUGUUGCUCGUCCCGCGAUGUGA